AUGACCAGCAUAGAUGAGCUUUUCAAGAAACCUACUUCAGCAGCCAGCGCUAAGCGCAAACUAGACGCUACCACAGAUCCAAACGAACUCUACAAGGCCGCUAAGUUAGAUGCGCAUGGCGAUGUGAAAUCCAAAGGAAAGGAGCCAAUGGUUGAAGAUGAGAACGAAGAUGAUGGUGAAGCUGGUCCAGAGUUACCUCCGGAAUUUGACGCCGAGGAUAUCCCAGACGAUGAGGAAGGGCGCUUUUUCGGAGGCGGUAUGGAGCGCCAAACGGCUCAGGCGAUGCAGUAUAUUGAUCAGCAGGACGGAGGGGAUGUUGCGCCCGAGAAAUUCGAUACCGCAUGGCUGCGACGAUUUGCUCUCAAUUUCGAGAAGAAGAUAUCAAAGAAUGCCGAAUUGCGCGGAAAAUAUGAGAACGACCCGCAAAAGUUCAUGGCCUCGGAAGCCGAUCUAGACAGCGAAAUUAAGGGAUUAUCCAUUCUCUCAGAGCACCCCGAAUUAUAUGCGGAGUUUUCAAAGUUGGGUUGCGUAGGCUCUCUGAUCUCUUUGCUCUCGCACGAAAACGCAGAUAUUGCCAUUGAUGUGAUUCAAAUCAUCAGUGAGUUGACCGACGAAGACGUUGAAGCAGAGCAAGAACAAUGGGACACAUUGGUAAAUGCAAUGUUGGACGCCGAUCUCAUCGAACUAUUAGCUCAGAACUUGUCACGGUUGGACGAAGAGUCUGAUGUCGACAGAGCAGGCGUUUACUAUGUACUGAGUGUCCUGGAGAACCUUGCGUCACAAACGUCGCAUGCAGAGAGGCUAGGCGAUGAUUCAAAUCUGCUUCCAUGGCUCCUGGCUCGCAUACAGAAGAAGGAAAGACCGGUCAGCCAAAACCAGCAAUACUCAGCUGAAAUAUUAGCCAUUCUAUUGCAGUCGUCAUCUAAGACGCGAAACAAGUUCGUUGGCCUCGAGGGCGUUGAUAUUCUUCUUCAACUACUCAGCCAGUACCGUAAGCGCGAUCCUGCAAAGGAUUCAGACGAGGAAGAAUUCGUGGAGAACCUCUUCGACUGCUUGAUCUGUCUUGUUGAUGAAGAUUCUGGGAAGGAAAAGUUCCUUGAGGGCGAAGGUAUUGAACUUGCACAAAUCAUGCUGAAGGAGGGAAAGUUCAGUAAAUCGCGCGGUUUGCGGGUCUUGGAUCAUGCCCUAGGUGGGCCGGGAGGCAGGGCCGCUUGCGAAAGGUUUGUCGAAGCAGCAUGCUUGAGAACAGUGUUUGGAAUGUUCAUGAAGAAGCAAGAGAAUCAAACGAUAGAGCAUCUACUGGGUAUAUUUGCUUCGCUUCUGCGUCUCCUACCCGGAGGUUCAGCAGCUCGUAUCCGUACUCUUGCUAAGUUCAUGGAAAAAGAUUAUGAGAAGAUUGAGAAGCUAGUCAAGCUGAGGCGCGACUAUGCGUCGAGGGUAUCGCCAGUUGAACAAGAUAUCGAGAAAGAACGAAAGAAUUUCACUGAAGAAGAACGCGAGGUGAUGGCAGUUGAAUGGCUCUCUCGGCGGUUCGAUGCAGGUCUAUUCUCCCUCCAGCUUAUCGAUGUGAUGCUGGCAUGGCUUGUGGCUGAAGAUGACGGCGCCAAAAAGAAGAUUGUGUCCCUCUUGGCGGACCGCGACGAAGGCCUUUAUCUUAUUCAAGGUACAUUGAAAGAACAAAUUGAAGGGCUUUCGGACGAUGAUCCCGGCCAGAGAGAUCAUAAGGAAAUGCUUGAAACUCUUCUACAUAAUUCCGUCAAAAUGGCUGACUACGACGAUGCUUACGAGGAUGAGUUUUACGAUGAUAUGGAGGAGGGAAUCACCUCGGAGGAUUGCUGGACUGUCAUCUCGUCUUUCUUCGAUACGAAGGGUCUAGUCUCGCAGCAGCUGGAUUCUUUCGAUGAAUUCAUCUCAUCGACAAUGCAAGAACUGGUGGAGGAACAAGGCCAAGUAACACUCGACCAGACACUUCCACCGGACGAAGAUGAAGUCGACCCCGUUGUUGUCCGUCGCUAUGAGCUCAAGUUCGGAACAGUUAUGCUUUCCCGUCCCUCCGUUACUGAGGGUGAUGGUGCCACUACUAUUAUGUUGCCCCAGGAAGCUCGUCUCCGAAAUCUCACCUACGCUAGUCCCCUCUAUCUCGGCAUUACAAAGCGAAUCAUGGAAGGUAGAGAGCGAUCAGUUGCAGAUCGUGACGAUGAGGAGAUGGAGGAAGAUGAAGACAGAAAGGCCCGUGGCACCUACCUCCAGUGGGAGCAGAAGGAGCUGCCGGCCGAUCAAGCCAAAGAGGAAACCGUUUUCAUCGGAAAAGUGCCUAUCAUGCUCAAGUCCAAGUAUUGUAUUCUUAAGGACCUGAGCGAGCAGGCUCUAUACAACUGGAAUGAAUGCCCUUACGACUCCGGUGGUUAUUUUAUCAUCAACGGAAGCGAAAAGGUUUUGAUUGCCCAGGAGCGAAGUGCAGGUAACACGGUCCAGGUUUUCAAGAAAGCACCUCCGAGCCCAACACCUUAUGUCGCCGAAAUUCGAAGUGCCGUCGAGAAGGGAUCUCGACUUCUUUCUCAGCUCUCUCUUAAGUUGUUCGCUAAAGGUGAUAGUGCAAAGGGUGGGUUCGGCCCUACUAUCAGGUCGACAUUGCCCUACGUGAAAACCGACAUACCAAUCGUUGUCGUUUUCAGAGCGCUCGGUGUGGUCUCUGACGAGGACAUUCUUAACCACAUUUGCUACGACCGUAACGAUAUUCCUAUGCUGGAAAUGCUAAAGCCUUGUAUUGAAGAGGGUUUUGUCAUUCAGGAUCGUGAAGUUGCUUUGGACUUCAUUGCUAAGCGUGGCUCUUCCCAGUCAAGCAUGAACCAUGAGCGUCGUGUGAGAUACGCGCGUGAAAUCAUGCAGAAGGAGCUACUUCCUCAUAUCUCACAGAGCGAAGGCAGUGAGACUCGAAAGGCAUUCUUUUUGGGUUAUAUGGUUCACAGACUUCUGCAGUGUGCUCUAGGCCGCCGGGAUGUUGAUGAUCGUGAUCAUUUCGGAAAGAAGCGUCUCGAUCUUGCAGGCCCACUUCUGGCGAACCUUUUCCGUCGUUAUGUCCAGAGAUGCGUUGAGACCAACAGAGAGAUCUACCUCAAUAUUGGAAUCAAGGCCAGUACACUGACCGGUGGCUUGAAGUACGCCCUUGCUACUGGUAACUGGGGUGAACAGAAGAAGGCCGCAAGCGCUAAGGCUGGUGUGUCACAAGUGCUCAGUCGUUAUACCUACGCUUCUACCUUGUCACAUCUUCGUCGAACCAAUACGCCUAUUGGUCGUGAUGGUAAAAUUGCUAAACCUCGCCAGCUUCACAAUACCCAUUGGGGGUUGGUUUGUCCAGCAGAGACGCCUGAAGGUCAGGCUUGUGGUCUGGUCAAGAAUUUGGCUCUCAUGUGUUACGUCACUGUUGGUACACCUAGCGAACCUAUCAUUGACUUCAUGAUUCAGCGUAACAUGGAAGUUCUUGAGGAGUUUGAGCCUCAAGUCACACCUAAUGCAACAAAGGUCUUUGUCAAUGGAGUGUGGGUUGGUAUUCAUAGAGAUCCUGCUCAUCUUGUCAAUACGAUGCAGUCGCUGCGGCGACGGAACAUGAUCUCUCACGAGGUCAGCUUGAUUCGUGAUAUCCGUGAGCGGGAGUUCAAAAUCUUCACGGAUGCUGGACGUGUUUGCAGGCCAUUGUUCGUCAUUGACAAUGACCCGAAGAGCGAAAACUGCGGCGGUCUGGUCUUAAACAAGGAACACAUCCGCAAGUUGGAACAAGACAAAGAAUUACCACCCGACCUCGACCCUGAAGAUCGUAGAGAACGUUACUUUGGAUGGGAUGGGUUAGUGAGAUCGGGUGUGGUAGAGUAUGUUGACGCUGAAGAAGAAGAGACGAUCAUGAUUGUCAUGACACCGGAAGACCUGGAGAUUUCCAAACAGCUUCAGGCUGGCUACGCCCUUCCCGAAGAAGAACUUGAUCCUAACAAGCGUGUUCGCUCCAUACUGAGCCAGAAGGCACAUACUUGGACACAUUGUGAGAUUCAUCCUAGUAUGAUUCUCGGUGUUUGUGCUAGUAUCAUUCCUUUCCCUGAUCACAAUCAAUCGCCCCGUAACACAUACCAGUCUGCUAUGGGUAAGCAAGCUAUGGGUGUGUUCUUGACAAACUUCGACCAACGCAUGGAGACCAUGGCGAAUAUUCUCUACUACCCUCAGAAGCCACUGGCGACAACACGGUCAAUGGAGUUCCUGCGUUUCCGUGAAUUGCCAGCUGGUCAGAACGCCAUCGUUGCUAUUGCUUGCUAUUCCGGCUACAAUCAGGAAGAUUCGGUUGUUAUGAACCAAAGCAGUAUUGACCGUGGUCUUUUCCGCAGUCUUUUCUACCGUACGUACACGGACAGUGAGAAGAUGGUCGGUUUGACCGUUGUUGAACGCUUUGAGAAGCCAAUGCGACAGGAUACGAUUGGCAUGAGAAAAGGCACUUAUGAUAAACUGGAUGAGGAUGGUAUCAUUGCUCCUGGCGUACGUGUCUCUGGUGAGGAUAUCAUCAUUGGUAAGACGGCUCCUCUGGCUCCCGACGCGGAGGAGCUCGGCCAGAGAACCAAAGCCCAUACAAAGCUGGACGUCUCCACGCCUCUUAGGAGCACUGAGAGCGGUAUUGUGGACCAGGUUCUGGUGUCUACCAGCAAUGAUGAUCUGAAGUUCGUCAAGGUCCGUAUGAGGACUACCAAGAUCCCUCAGAUUGGAGACAAGUUCGCUUCGCGUCACGGACAGAAGGGUACCAUUGGUAUUACCUACCGUCAGGAAGACAUGCCGUUCUCUCGGGAAGGUGUUUCGCCCGACUUAGUUAUCAACCCUCACGCCAUUCCCUCGCGUAUGACCAUUGCUCACUUGAUUGAGUGCCAGCUUAGUAAGGUAUCGGCCCUGCGUGGCUUUGAGGGUGAUGCAACACCCUUCACUGAUGUUACUGUCGAUUCUGUUUCUCGUUUACUUCGCGAGCACGGCUACCAGUCUCGGGGAUUUGAGGUAAUGUACAACGGCCAUACCGGCCGGAAGUUAGUGGCUCAGGUAUUCUUGGGACCAACGUAUUACCAACGUCUGCGACACAUGGUCGAUGACAAGAUCCAUGCCCGUGCUCGUGGACCGACUCAGAUCUUGACUAGACAGCCCGUGGAAGGUCGUGCCCGUGAUGGUGGUCUCCGAUUCGGAGAGAUGGAACGUGAUUGUAUGAUCGCCCAUGGAGCAAGUGCUUUCCUAAAGGAACGUCUCUUUGACGUGUCUGACCCGUUUCGCGUCCACAUCUGCGAUGACUGCGGAUUAAUGACGCCUGUUGCUAAACUGAAGAAGGGACUUUUCGAGUGUCGACUGUGCAACAACAAGCACAGGAUCUCGCAGGUGCAUAUCCCGUAUGCCGCCAAGCUUCUGUUCCAAGAGCUGGCCUCGAUGAACAUUGCUGCCCGCAUGUUUACCAACCGUUCCGGCGUGUCCGUGCGGUGA